CUUCAGUUCGAUAUUUAACUUUGUGCGAUUCAAAAUGAACACAUUAUUUGUGUGUCUCCUUGCCUCAGUCCUUGUGGUAUAUGGCUGUGAAGAUAAUCUUCAGGAGUCGAAGCAGCAAGACACGAACUGUGUAAAUUACUGCUCGAAUAUUAUAUACCCUGUGCUAAAUGUUACGAAGACUCUACAGAACCAAGUGAAUGAUUUUAAUCAUCAAAAUAAAUGUUUGUCGCAGUUCGAGAACACGAAUAAGCUGAUGGAGGAGAAAUUUGCAUCGCAGGACAAAAAGAUUGAACAGAAAUUGAGAGACUUGAACACUACAAGUGAACAAAUUAUGCACCAAAUCAAAUUGCAGGGUAAACAAGUCGAACAACAGUUGGAACAUCUUCAAAAAGCGGAGGAAGUUAAGAAGCAAAUACCUGGACCGCCUUAUCAGCAGAUUGGUUCAAAGUAUUAUUAUAUUGAAGAAUCUGAAGAAGUGAAUUGGUUUGGGGCAGUCAACAAAUGUCUUAUCAUAGGUGGAAAUUUAGUUAGUUUCGAAAAUCAGGAUGAAUUCAAUGCAAUCAAGGGGAAACUACAAGCUGGAAAAGAUUAUUGGAUUGACCUUAACGAUUUAGCUGAGAAGAAAAAAUUUAUUUCAGUAGCAACAGGCAAAAAGCCGACGUAUUCUAAUUUUAAGUCACCGGAACCAAACAAUAACGGUGGUGACGAACAUUGCGUUGAAUUGUAUUCGGAGUUAGGGCACCUAAUGAAUGAUACCCCAUGUUCAAUGAAACAAUUGUUUAUUUGCAAAUUUAGAAAUUAAUAUUAUUCAAUAUAUUAUUAUUCUAUUACACAUCUGUAUAAUUGAGUGGGUCAUUUAAGAAUUGUUUAUUCGAUUAUAUGUUAGCAACAGUUUUUUU